AUGCAGUAUUCAGUCAUUUUCUUCUUCCUCGUUUCGUUCCUGUCUGCCUGUGUCUUCGCCUUGCCGACUGCUAGCUCAGCGGAAGACGGAGCGGCAGGCAGGACCUCACGAUUCGUCGCUCGGGGCGUCAGACGUCUGGAUGCCCGCCAGGAUAAUACGCAACAGCAACAGACCGGAGCCAGCCAAGGUGCCAACAACACGGCCGCUGGUCGCAAUGGCGUCAGCGACGCUCAGGUCAUGAACGCCGUCAUGUCUUGGAUGCAGGACACCGGCAAGGUCACCAAGUUCCUCAACAGCGCCACUUCUUUCACCGGAGCCGAGUUCACCAAGCAGGCUACGAUCGCGCUCAACGCCGAGAUUGAUGAGCUCAACCACAAGAUGGUUCUCGACGCUGCGCUCACCGGCAUGGACAUGGUCGCGCAAGCCAACAACGUCCUCGCCACCCAGGGCACUUUCCAGCAGGUCGUCGAUACUCUCCAGUCCAUGGUUUCCAACGGUCCUGAUACCGCUCAGAAGGACGUCAACUCUAUCAACAACAACCGCUGCGUCAACGUUCUUCCCAACAUCGACAUGUACUUCGCUGCUGCUGGUAUGCCGCAGAUUCAGGCUGUUCGCCCUACUGGAUGCUUGGAAGUUGAGGGCGCGAACGUGACUCCCGCUGUUCCUCCUGCGAACAACGGUGGAAACAACGGCAACAACAACGGUGGUGCCGCUGCUCCUCAGGUCACUCAGCCUCCCGCCGCCAACCCUGCGAACAACAACCAAAACCAGGGUAACAACAACGGCAACUCCAACCAGAACCAGAACCAGAACCAGAAUCAGGGUAAUGGCAAUGGCAAUACCAAUACCAACAACCAGAGCCAGGGCAAUGAUGGUCAGGGCAACAUUGGCAAGGGUAUUGGCAACGGCAACAACGGCAACCAGAAUCAGAACCAGAACCAAAAUGGCAAUGGCAAUGGCAACAGCAAUCAGAACCAGGGUAACGGCAACCAGAACCAAAACCAAAACCAGGGCAAUGGCAACAACCAGAACCAAGGUAACGGCAAUGGCAGCAACCAGAACCAAAGCCAGAAUCAGGGCAAUGGCCAGACCAACAACCAGGGCAACAACAACAAUGGCCAGGCUCAAAACAGCGGCAACCGCAACAAUGGCAAUGGCAAUGGUGUUCAGCCCGCUACUCUGGGGAACAAUGGCAACAAUGGCAACAACGGAGGCAACACGAACACCAACCAGGGACAACGCCCUCAACAACAACAGGCGUCCCAAAACACCGGUGGCAAUGGCCUCAAGCCUGCCCAACUGGGAUCGCCAAAACCCGCCAACAACUAA